UCACUUGCAUAUGCUCUCGGGAAGCCCAAAUGAUGGAAGUUUUGAGAGAAGUGCCAUACGCGAUCACAGGCCUUCGCUAUUGGAUCAGUAUUAAGUACUUUAUAAUCUAUGUUCUGUAAUUUGUGUCAUUUUGACAACCACUUUCCCGGGUAAAAUUUUAUCCACCUCAAUUUUCUACUAGGAGUUUAUGGAAUUAAACAGUCUAAAAUAAUCACCAUAAAAUAUAUCUAUUGUAAUUUUUCUCGUCUUGUGAUGUAAAGUGUAAACACUAAACUCUAUUGUAAAACUAAAUGAAGUGUAAAGUGCCUAAACUCUACAAUCUGCUAAAUAUAUGUGUGGAAACUUGAUCGAGAUUAUAUUGUUUAUAUAAAAAUUUUGUGAACAUAAUAUUAUUAUCUGUAAUAGUGAGUAAUCAUAAGAAUAAAUAUCGGCAGAAUUUAGAUGUCUCGAGCUUUAUUUUGUAAGAUUCUGAAUAAUAGUUGAGUGUACUUUAUACUAAUAAACGCCAAUUAAAUAAACAUGAUUGUAAAACGUGGGGCACUAAUUGUUAUUGAAGGUAUAGAUAGGACAGGUAAAACGACGCAAAGUAAACAACUUGUUGAGAGUUUGAUAAAAAGGCAAAUUUCCGCUGAGUAUUUUAAUUUUCCAUCAAGAAAUACAGAGAUUGGAAAAGUCAUCAACAACUAUUUACUAUCUAAGACUGACCUUCCAGAUGAAACUAUCCACUUACUGUUUUCUGCCAACCGUUGGGAAAAAUCCAAAGAAAUUAUUUCAAAAUUAGAAACAGGGAUUACUGUCAUAGUGGACAGGUAUUGUUAUUCAGGUGUUGCUUUUUCAGCGGCCAAAGGUUUAGAUUUAAAUUGGUGUAAGGCAUCAGACAUGGGAUUACCAAAACCGGACAAAGUAUUCUUUCUUACAAUACCUUUGGAUGUAAUGCAGCAAAGGAAUGGCUUUGGAAAUGAGAGAUAUGAAAUACCAGAAUUUCAAAAGAGAGUAAAUGAAAUAUACAUGCAAUUGAAAGAUAAAGACUGGGAAGUCAUUGAUGCUAACAGAUCUGAGAGUGAUCUUCAGGAAGAAUUGUUACAUAAAACAAUGAAAAUUGCUGACUCAGUUGGGUUUUCGUCGGUUGGAAAGAUAUGGACAUGAUAAUAAUAAAUUUUAAUUCUAUGCUACUAAUUAUAUUGAUUCUAAUUUAAUUAUUAAAUAUUUUGUAAAUAUUUAGGAUCCUUAUAAAGAAUACAGGAUUAGGAAUUAUCUGAAUUUUUACUAGAAAUGCUUUCAACAAUAUUAUACAGUGUGGGACAAUUGCGACAUUAAAAAAUAAAUCGAAAUAUUAAAGUAAUUAAUUAAAAUAUUCAAAUAAACAAAUUAUACAGAUUUUUUUUAAAUUACUUUAUGUCAGUGCUGUAGGAGUCACUCUCUUCAUCUGCACUAUCACUAUUGUUCUUUAGAGAUCAGAAGGCUAUUUGGAAUGCAAGUAAAAGUCAGUUGUGUGAUGCCAAUCGAGAACAGGUUAUUUAUUUACCACAAACACCCUACACGGUACACAGUAUGCAACAGACUGGUUAGAGCACCUACGUGCUACCUAAGCCACGAUGUUACAAGUAAGUAUGUUGAUUACGUCAUCGAUACAUCAUACACGCUAUUCACUAGUGCCUCAACACAAUACAGAUUACUUACAGGUUGUCCUGCAAUGAUAUUUUGGAAAAUUUAUUUAUAAAUGUGAAUUAUGUAUUUUUUUUAUGAAUAUGGGUAAUUAGCACUACUCAUGGGUCCAUUUUAUUUUGCCACUGUAGCUUGAUAUUGUAUAUGUAUUAAUUGUAUAGAUUUUUAUACUUAUUAUAAUCAAAUGUAUGUUUAAUACCUAUAAUCUGUUAAAAGAACAAAUAAUUUAACAAAAUACUUAUCAUCACAAAUAGUUGGCUGUAAAUAACUUUGUGUAGAUAAAUCUUUUUAAAUGUGCAUUAGCCGUUAUUGUCUAGCAGUGGGAGAAUAGCAAUUAGUGUGUCCUAUAAUUGGAUUUGUAUCACUUUGCAACAUCAAGAUCCAUAUUUACUAUAUACAAUGCAAGAAAAUACUGUACUGUUCUAUGUAGACAUAUAUAUUACAAUGUCAUAAAAGUUUUCUUAUAUAAGUCAGCUUUUUUGGCUGUCUGUUAAGGUUAAGUUUAAGUCUAGCUUCUAACGAGAGCACGUAAAAAUUCAAUUACUGGAUACAAUGGGUUCUAAUUUAUGUUUGAUUAGAUUGUUAGUUCUUUGAGUAUUGGCCUUUAUUAAGUACUGCAAAACACUAAGUGAUAAUUGCUUAUCGAAAGAACGACAUUCCUGAAAGGUGCUUAUUUUCGUAGUUCUGAAGAUCUGGGCAAAAUAAAAAUUUGGUUGUUCACAGGCUAUGUCCACGUUUUUAACUGAAGCGUCAGGCCUAUAAAUAUUGUAUAAAUGUUAUAACAAUAAAUAUAUAUUUAUCUGGUUCCCUAUAAUAUUUUGUUCCUAUGAAGCGGUAGGAUAUUCCAAAUUCAUAUCAUAGUAAGUAAGUAUGGAAGUCAAUUAAUUACAUGUUACAUGCAAGUUUACCCUAACGACAAAUUCAAUGUGGGUUGCUUUGUUCAAAGAAGCAAAGUUUUGCACAUUCCUUUAAGACUCCUAUUGUUAUUGACAUUUAUGAUCCGACAACUCAGUUGACUACGGGGCACCAUAAUAUACUUAGACUUUGAAUAUACUCGAGGGUACAGACGACCGCCCCAUAACACUAUGACUGUUUUUUAUUCAAAUUAUACUAAGGGUAUGUUCCGAUAUGAACUGCGAGCACUGCACAGUGCUAUCUUUGUAGAAAAACUCGUUCCGUUAUGGACUGCCAGUAUACUGCCGGAGUACCCUAGUAAAAUAUAUGACGUCAUAAAUCACCGCCAUAUCCUACUGUGAGCACUGGCGUUUUCGAGAUAAGGUACUCGCAGUACUUUGAUCACGUGAUCAGUCAUAACCACUCGAGUGCCUAAAAUAUUUUUAAUUUGACGGUACUCCAACAAAAGUUUUUUUAAUGAACUAUAAAACUUUAAUACACUGAUUGCGUUCUGUUUCAAAUAGUAACCAGUAUAACUGGCUAUAAAGGAACGGCUUCACAGUAUACUAAAUUGAUAUAACACUGUACAGUGGUCGCAGUGCAUAUCGGUACAUACCCUUAGUAGCUAAUGUCAAGUGUGCCUGAUUAAGACUUGUCAAUCAAAAUCGGUUACAGCAGAAUAGAUUCGCUUUUCUUUUUUAUCUUAUUGUAUCUGCGUUAGAGAUUUUCUUUUAUCUCACACUCUUUGUGUAUACACCACUAUAUUGUAAAUCUAUGGAACUAUCUACUCUUCUCCAGAAUAUAAGUAAUAUUGCUGUGGGUAUAAUACUAUAUACAGAGGACAGAGAGACUAUAACUUAACAAUUAUUUAAUAAUAAGUGUAAUUUAGUAAAGAACUACCCCCUUAUUCAUAAUAGUCUGCUAACUUAAAGCAUUGCUAAUUUACACUGUCUUCUUCUAUUGACCUAAGUCAGAAUGAGAAAAUACAUUCCUUAGCGGCUGUUUAAAGUUAGCGGACCAUUAUGAAUAAGGGGGUUAGAAUAUAAAUUCUGACAUUAAACCAUAGAAUAUACUAAUAUAGAAAAGUAUAUAUAACUGGACAGAACGAAAAUAAUAGAUUUGAGUUAGGAAAUAUAUUGACAUCCAAUAAUAGAUUGUAAGGACACACAUGUAUUAUAAAUUUAAGAUUAUUAUAAUAAAACAAUUGUGAAAUGAUGUUAAUAAAUUUAUUACAAUGUA